UGCACCUUCUGUGGCCUCUCAUUCCAGGACUGUGUCAUGUACACAGUGCACAUGGGUUAUCAUAGUAACAAGAAUCCCUUCAAAUGUAACAGCUGUGGAAUAGUUUGCAGAGAUAAAGUUGAGUUUUUUCUACACAUUGCCAGGUCCCCACAUGCAUGA